AUAAAAGUUUAUUUUUGGCUGUGUUGGGUCUUUGUUGCUGCACGCGGGCUUCCUCUAGCUGCGGCGAGCGGGAGCUACUCUUCGUUGCGGUGUGUGGGCUUCUCAUUGUCGUGGCUUCUCUUGUUGUGGAGCACGGGCUCUAGGCGUGCGGGCUUCAGUAGUUGUGGCACGUGGGCUCAAUAGUUGUGGCUCGCGGGCUCUAGAGCGCAGGCUCAGUAGUUGUGGCGCACGGGCUUAGUUGCUCCGCGGCAUGUGGGAUCUUCCCGGACCGGGGCUCAAACCCGUGUCCCCUGCAUUGGCAGGCGGAUUCCUAACCGCUGCGCCGCCAGGGAAGCCCAAUAACUCCUUCUUUGAAAGGACAUCUUCCUGCUUCUUCCCACUGUGUAGGCAUGAGAAGGGGCCUCAUUGGCUGGGAACUCUGAGUCAUGGUGACCUCACAAAGACCACGACACCGCCUGGAGUUGCGGGGAGCCUAGGGACCAACUCCUGCUUAAGAACACCAUGCACGCAGGAGCUCAACAGUAAGCUAUUGGACAGAAGGGAGCAGUGGCAUUGAGAGACCUCCAGACCAGGCAUGGCCAUGAAUCCAGGGUCUAGUCUGGUCCUCCGUGAAGACACAAAGAUGAUACCCACUCUCAACUCCACUGAGGCCCCUGGUUUAGGCUCUGGCACCAUCUCUGGGACCAACCUAGAUACAGACCAUGUUCCUGUCUUGAAUCCACCCCUGGGUCCUGGCUUGGUUCUUGUUCCAGACCUUAAUCCAACUCUGAGUCCUGUCUCAGAGGAGGCCCCUGGCCUGGCAUCUGAUAACACCCCCAGACCUGAUGACAGCAGGGCCGCAGCUCCAGCCUCCCUCCAGAUCACCACUGCCCACUCUGGUGAAGCCCUGGGUUUGGAUUCCAAUCACAUCUCGACAGCUGACUCACAGGGGGCCCUAAGUCCAGCCUCAAACCUCGUUCUCAGCCCUGGCUCUACGGAAGCCCAGGGUCUGAACUUGGGGAACCACCCUAGGCCAAAUUCUGAGGAGGCCUUCAGCUCCCUCCCAAGCAAGAUUUUUGAUUUGGGUCAGAGUAACUCCAAUCCUUCCAGGCCUGAAUCAAACCCAUUUAAAAGGUCUUAUUCAAAAGAAACCCUUGUUCUGGGCCAAAGCACCUCCAGGCCAGGCUCAAAAGCUCUCCUUAUUCCAGCCCCAAACUCUUCUCUGGAUCCUGAUUCCAAUCAGCUGCUCAGGGUGGGCUCAGGAAACAUCUCCAAGCUGGACCUGAAUGCAGCUCCAAGUUCUCCUGGGUCCCUAAUGCCAGACAUGAAUGAGACCAUCACUUUGGUUUCACAUAACAUCUCUGGAUCUGUUUCAAAAAGAACCUUUGGGGCGUCCCUGGUGGCGCGGGUGGAGGAGGAGGACUGA